AUGCUCGGUGCUCUGCUGCAGGAUUUGCGCUCGCAGCCCUGGCGGCGCCAAGCCCUCCAGGUAGUGCAGAUGCUGCAUGUAAUUGCCGUUGCACUUGCCGUGUGGAAGGGAAUGGCGGUGGUGACCAACACCGAGUCGCCCGUCGUCGUGGUGCUGAGCGGCAGCAUGGAGCCGGGCUACUACCGCGGUGACCUGCUCUUCCUGACCAAGACCAGCCGCCCAAUCGAGGUGGGUGACGUGACUGUAUACCGUGCGCGCAACACCGAGAUUCCGAUCGUGCAUCGCGUUAUCGAGACACACAGCGCUCCGAAAAGCGGCCAGCUGCUCUUGACCAAGGGCGAUAACAAUGGCCAGGACGAUAUCAUGCUGUACAAUGGUAUGCGGUGGCUGCACAGCGACCAGAUCGUCGGUCGCGUGAUGGGAUACCUGCCCUACGUCGGCUACGUCACGCUACUGAUGAACGACUUCCCCAUGCUGAAAUACGUGGUCCUGGGCCUGCUGGGCCUGUCGAUGCUCUUUGAACGCGAAUAG